ACCGCAAUGGUACAUAAGCAUUGUGCUUAUGGCACCUGUAACAGCGACUCAAGGCACGCUGACAGGCCGCAUAUGGCAGGUGUUUUUUUCGUGCCAUUUCCCAAACCAAAAACGAAUGUGGAGAAGUGCAAGCGGUGGGUUCAUUUAUGUGGAAGGCAUGUGGAGCAGUUCAACAUAGACAAGGUUUCUAAAUACACCUUCUUGUGUAGCAAACAUUUUGUUGGUGGAAACGGGCCCACAGAGGAAAACCCUGAUCCGAUAUCUGCACGAGCGUGUCCAGAACAAGUGUCCAAGAUAAACCGCCGUCAGAGAAAAGCCCCCAAGCAGAGAACAUUUCAACUCAGACAUACUGAGAAACUGGCAAAAAAUGAGCAACUAGAGGUUGCUGAGGCUUUAUUAGAUUUGGGCAGAAAUCGUCCGCCGACAUGUCAAACCCCUGAAAUCCAUAAAUUGUCUCUUGAGAUCAGUAACGCUUUGCCAAGUCAAGAAUCUGAACAAGAAAUCACUCUGCAGUAUCCGUCAACAUGCCAAACCACUGAAAUCCAAGAUUUUGCCAUUGACACCUUCAACGAUCCGCCUUAUCAAGAAUCUGAACAAGGCAACGUUCGACAGUAUCGCAGCUUCGGGGUACAGACAGAUGACCUGUUAUGCAACUGCAACAAAGAUGUGGAGACCACAGAUGCCUCAGCACAGACCGUGUACACGAAAUACGAACUCCAAGCAAAGAUUGAGACCAUAGCCCUAAAAAAUGAACUAGUUCGUGCCCGGACUGUCGCCCCAACUAAAGCUUUCCAAGAUAAGACAGACGCUCCUCUGCUGACAAUUGAUGGUAUAAAGGAUGAUAAAAAGACAUUCUUCUUUUUCACCGGUUUGGAGUAUUUGCACUUUUUAGCCUUGUUUACUUUCCUCGGUCCGGCAGUUAAUAAUUUGACGUACUGGAACGGCAAAUCAACAAACAAAUUACCUAGCAGAAGAAAGACCAAACCCAUUGAUGAACUUUUCAUGACACUGGUUCGGCUUAGGAGAGGUUAUUCUUUUUUUAGUAUGAGUUUUUUCUUUAAGUUAUCACAGACAGUCAUAAGGUCAAUAUUUACAACUUGGAUUCAACUCCUUUAUCAUCAUUUUAAUGACUUACGACCCCAGAUGUUUGCAGACCGUUCCACCUUGAGGCCAUUUCUUCCUAAGUCGUUUAGAAGUUUCCAGAAUGUCCGAUGUUCAGUGGACUGUACCGAAUUUUAUGUCCAAAUGCCGAAAGAUUUCGCCCGACAAGGGAAUUUAUACUCUAGUUAUAAGCAUCAUCACACUUUCAAAUGUUGCAUAGCGGUAGCCCCGAAUGGUUCUGGUGUAUUCGUUUCUCAUUUGUUUGAAGGGUCUAUUAGUGACAGGGAAAUUUUCAAAAAGUGUGGUAUUUUAGAUUAUCUAAAUCCUGGUGACAUGAUUCUUGUAGACCGUGGAUUCACCGUAAAGGACAUUUUACAAGAAUUACAUGUUGAUGUCAACAUGCCAGCUUUUUUAAACGGCCGUGAGAGCCUCACUCCCCAGGAAGAACUUUUGACUAAACGAUUGGCAAAGGCACGAAUUCACGUUGAAAGAUAUAACGGCAGAGUGAAGAACUUUAAAUUAAUUUCAGGCACGAUUCCUUUGAGUUUGGCUCCACUAGCCAGCCAGUCAGUAUUUGUAGUAUGCUGCUUGGUCAAUUUUCAAGACCAGUUAGCUAAGUGAUCUGUACAAACAA